AUGCAGAGUGGUACCCUCUACCUAGAGUUGAAACCUUACUUUGGCAGACGCAGUGAACUGACUAUACACGAAGGGUGCCUGAUGCAUAGAAUGCGAGUGGUCGUGCCGCCAAAGCUGCAACAGCCAGUACUGGAGGAGAUACACCAGGGACACCCAGGUAUCGUGCGAAGCAAGGAACUCGUCCGAAGCUACGUAUGGUGGCCAUCCGUGGAAAAUGAUCUGAAGAAUCAGGAGUGGACCAACAUGGCUCAACGCAACUAUCUUUCAGCUGACGGGGCCAGUGUCGUACGAGGUCAAGAUGCAGACAUCCACCGGACCAUGUACGUGGAGGCGACACGAGGCCCACUUGCUGCGAGCCUCUGCUGCGACGACGUCCCCAUUUGCGGUGGAGGAGGAGGCCGAAAUGUGUUAUCCAGACUUUGCAGUUGGUCCACCACCAUCAGCCGCUGUCUCCGAAACUAGAUCUGCACCCGUGGUCAGUGGAAACAGCCCUACGAAGC